AUGCUCUAUGACUUGAUUAUUAUUGGUGCCGGACCAGCCGGGUUGACGGCGGCCAUUUACGCCAAACGAGCACUUUUGAAAUGUCUAAUUUUAGAAAAAUCUUUAGCGGGUGGCAAAUUAAAUAAAACGGCCGAUGAAGUAUUGAAAUUAGAAAAAAAAGAAAAGGACUUUAUUGUGAAAACGGGUGAGGGAAAUAAUUUUACCAGCAGAGCAAUUGUUAUUGCCUCUGGGGCCGUGGAAAAAGAAUUGGGAAUUGAGGGUGAAAAAAAAUUUACUAAUUUGGGGGUUUCUUAUUGUGCCAUUUGCGAUGGGUUUCUUUUUCGGAACCAAGAAGUAGCAGUAGUGGGCGGCGGUUAUUCGGCUUUGGAAACGGCUUUGUAUAUGAGUAAUGUAGCAAAAAAGGUUUAUUUUAUUCACCGCCGCUCGGAAUUUCGGGCCGAGCCGGAAAUAGUAAUCCAAACUCAAAACAAUCCGAAAAUAAUCUUUCUUUUGAAUUCCGUUUUGACCGAAAUUCAGGGGGGUGAAGCAGUAGAAAAAGUAUUAGUGAGCAAUUUAGCAAACAAUGAAAAAAGUGAGUUAUUAGUUAAGGCGGUUUUUCCCUGUAUUGGCCUUGCUCCGUUCAGCAGUUUCGCUCAUGAGUUAGGUGUUUGCGACCGAGAAAAUUAUGUCGCCAUUAAAGAUGAUUGUUCGACAGCAGUUCCAGGUUUGUUCGCUGCCGGAGACGUAGCUCGUCCAACCCCCAAUAAAAUCAAGCAAAUUGUGACGGCCGUUGCCGAGGGGGCCAUUGCCGCCCAAUCA